CUCGCUUCGGUUGCGGGCGACCGCGAGCCGCCCGACCGGCAUCUGACCGCACCCCUACCGCCCGCGAGAUGGGCGCAGUCUCGCAAGCCGCUGGCGCUCUCGGCGAGCUCGCACGAGCAGCUCGCCACCGAGGCGGAGACCGUCCUCCGCUGCCUGCUCGUCACCGACAACUACGACUCCGUCAAUAACUUCCUGUCCCUGUACGACGAGUUCCACCGUACGGAGCACGCGCUGUACGACGUGUUCCAGAAGUACUCGCCACCGAUCAGGAGCAAGAAGCACACGUGCGUCGGCCUCGGCAUAGAGCUGAUCAGACGGUUGCGGGGGUUGGACAAGAGGUUCCGCGGCUUCGCUGCGGCGAUGAGCCUGGUGUCGUGUGAAGAGGCGGUGGUCGACGUGCACGAGUACGUGACGAGCGGACAGGGGCCGGAGAGCGUGGUGACAGCGGAGAAGGAGCACGUGAUGGUGGCCGUGCAGAUCUCGGUGGACGGCCGGCCCGGCGUCAUGCUGGCGGACCCCGGCUACCACGUGCCGAGAAUCGUCACAGUCAUGGCAGAUCGCGCUUAUCCUCAUACUGGUUGGUUCACACAGUCAGACGAGCCACACUGCCGCAAGGAAUACGAGUACAGCUUCAACCCGCAGAACAGCAACUACGUGGAGUGGCACGAGCGGGAGACGCGCGCCGGAACCGUCAAGUACCAGACCUCGUUGGUCUAUGUCGCCAGACCAUAUCUGGAUGGCGUUAACGUCACUGAGAGGAGAAACUUGGUGUAUAACUUCAGGAGUCUCCUCGCGCGGGACCAAAAGGGCCACCUGACCGCGGGUCUGUACUUCCCAGUGGGAGGGAAAGGGAAGGACGCUGUGUUCACACUCUUCUUCGACAACGGAGAGAAAAGAAAGACGAAGUAUAAGUUCAGCAUUUUCUCCGAUCCUAAUAAUAUACCUAACACAAUCCUAGAAGAAGUGGAACUAUGCAACAACCAGAUGAACUACAAGGAGGGUGAACUCCUGACCGUCAUCUGCAAGCUCGCGAGGGUGCUCGCGGACCAGUCCUUCAUCGACCAAGUUCUGGAGAUCAAUGACGAAAUCUGCCGAAUGUGCCUUUGACAGUCACCGAGUGUCGGCGAACACAAAAUGGCCGACGGACAACAUAUUAAAUUAUCUUAAUUUUGAACUGUAUUCCAAUUUUAAAUUUUUAAAUAUAUCCAAGAUGUAUUAUAUUAUUUUAAUAAAUUUGCGUAUUGAUUAAAUUGUUUAUCUAUAAUAUCUAUAGGUAUUGGUUUUGGGUUAAUGGGAUUAAAUUAGUAGAUUAGUUCCUUGGUUUCAUGACAGUUAAUUUAAUUAAAUAUAUUAUCCCCGAAA